UGUAGUUUUGUUUGAUGUUUUCUAAUUUACAGACAAACAACAAUCGUUUCUGCGUUUGACAUAAAUCCGUGGAAGUAUCGUCUUGCAAGUUUGUUUUAUUGAUUUACAUAAAUUUGUGUCCAAAUAAGUCCUGUGUUAUUAGUUUAAGAACCUAAUGACUUACGUCGCUGAUUAACUUAAGCAGGCAAAAUGGGCAAGAAAAAGGAUGCAUACAUGGACCGCGAAGACGACUUCCAUGGAUUUUCUCACAAGAAGCACAAAAAACAUAAGAAACACAAGAAAAGCAAAUACCAGCCGGAAGAAUUUACCCCUCCAACGUACGAUUAUGUCCCGGAGGAUGUCGAACAAACUGUUGAGGUAAUGGAAGAGAUCGAGUAUAUGGAAGCCGAUCCGGAACCGGAAAUUAUUACCGAGGUCGUCGAAGCGGAAACCGAGCCAGAACCAUCAACUUCCAUGACGAUUCCUCCAGUAGCUUCGACUUCAUGUAUUAUGCCUUCUCAGGGGCCAUCGUUAAAAACCACUCCCCAGGGUAAGAAUUCAUCGGUCACAAAGGCGUCGAAGAAAAAGAAAGGCAAAGGCAGGGACAGUGGCACUUCCAGCGAAGAAGAGCGAUGGCUUGAUGCUAUUGAGUCCGGGAAGCUGGAAGAAGUGGACGAUGAGCUAAAGAAGAUUAAACCCAAAGAUCCCAAACUAAUGACUGCUCGCCAGAGGGCAAUGUACGAGCGGAACACCGAUAAAGACACCAACAAUUUGAGCGGCGAAAUGUUGAUGGCACUUCCUACUGGAUACAAAGAAAAAGUAAUGACCGCAGAAGCGAUCCAGAAAGCUCAGUUAAAAUCCCAAAAGAGAAAACAGCUAGCAGAUGAAAAACGAGAAAAAGACAAAAAGAAAACCAUGGAGCGACUGCUAAAAAAGCAAGAUUCAAAGUCAGUGAAAGCCAUUAAAAACCGAGCAGCAAAAGCGCAACUUCCGAUGAUAACGUACGUGAAUACUGUCGAAGGUGCGACGAUUUCCCUACCGCCGAAUGUAGAAUUUCCCCUUCAACCGCAAAAACCCGUGGAUCCACCGAAACCCAUCAUUUGCGGCAUGCCCAACUGCACCAACAUCAAACGGUACAACUGUUCGAAAACCAAUAUUCCACUGUGCAGCUAUCGGUGCUACAAAAUGAAUGUGGAUUCAAUAAAGCAGAUCAUAUGCUAGUAGUC